UCGAGAUCCCCCACACAUCGCGCGUGGCUUCUGUAGGAAGUGGGAGCUUCUUUCGCCCAUCUUACGCGUUUUCCGUUUGGAAAAUGGGCACCGGCUGUCAUUUGGUAGAUAAAUUGUGUUUAUAGAAAAAACGAAAUUAGUUUGAAAGAUAAUUAAUAUUUUAAGUUUAAUAUUGAGCAGUAAUGAAAUUAUAUAACGGUAUAAUAGUUUGAUAGAAUCGACGCCGAGUAGUGUUGUGUCCUAUGUAUUGUAUUAAGAACGAUGCCUUUAACACAGUGCCAUGAAAAUCUAUGUUGCCUCGCUGUUUACACUUUUUAUUCUUCAUUCAAUCUUAAAUAAAUUCGAGGAUUAAACCUUCUAUUACGCUAUUAUUAUAUAUUUAUUGGCAUUGGGGUGGGGGGUAAGUUAGUUACUGCAGUUGACAGUUUUAUCCGUCACGUCGCAUCCCACAUAUCGAGGACUCCCAAUCUUUUUACUCCUACACACCACCACUCAUAUUGAAGCUUGCUGGAUUUCUUACGGGCAAGAUAUAACAGAAUGGGUUCCAGUCAACAAUUUUCUCUUAGGUGGAAUAAUUAUUUAAGACAUAUUACUUGUGCUUUUGGUACAUUAAGGACAGAUGAAGAUCUCGUUGAUGUUACAUUAAGUUGCGAGGGCAAGCGGAUUAGAGCACACAAAAUGCUCUUAUCGGCAUGUAGCACAUAUUUCAGAGAUCUUUUCAAGGAAAAUCCAUGUCAACAUCCAGUCAUAAUAUUCCGUAAUGUAAAAUUUGAUGACCUAGCAGCCUUGGUAGAUUUUAUGUAUCGAGGCGAAGUUAACGUUGUUCAAGAGCAACUUACUAGCUUUUUAACAACAGCUGAGUUGUUAGCCGUUCAAGGUCUCACCGAUGGUACAGGGAAAGAUAAAGAUGGUUUGGUUGAGGAUGAUUUGGAAAUUCCCAACGAACCAGAAAUACAACUACAGAAUUCUUCUAUUAAAUCUACAAUGGAUACCAAAAGAAGUAAAUCUCCUUCUUCACCGAUGCCAUAUCAUGCAGUCGAAUUACAAACCGGAUCGCCACCUACAAAGAGACGAAAAUGUCGUGAUAACACCAGCACUAAUGCGGAUAAGACAGUUAGCAACACAUUAUCUGGAAAAGACUCUGACAACAAGAUAUCAGAUAAUCAAACAUUAUCUGGCUCAGAUCCUGUUGAAAUAAUUCCAUUAAUGCCAAAUCUAAAGCUAGAAAUGCCUGAAUAUUUGGAACAAGAUGGCAGUAGUUGCAGUUAUGAAGAACAAAGCAUAGGAGAUAGUUCAUUGAACAAAAUUGGAAUUGAAGAUACACCAUCUAACACACCUGAUCAUGAUCAGAAGCCGGACAUUACUCAAACUUUUUAUACUAGUACUCAUUCUGUUUCUGAUAGUUUGGAUAGUAAACAUCAGUUGGCAGACGUUGGACACCUACUAUCAAAGCCCAGUACUUCAGGAGAGAGGUUAGCACAGGAAGCAGUACAGGGGGGGGUGGGACGCAAUUGGAAGCAUGUUGGCGAUACAACUGGUCAAGUGGUGAUGCAGGGUCCAGGAUGUUUUUCCUGCAGACUCUGUGGAAGCGUUUACAAGCACCUUGCUUCGCUGACCCAGCACCUCGAAGUGCAUCGCAACCAGACGACCUGCAUCCUAUGUCACACCACUCUCAGUCGUAGAACCGACCUGCGACGUCAUAUGCGUCUGAAACAUAACAUGCAAUGGCAAAAAACGAUGCAGAGGCAACGCAGUCCGAAAAAAAAAUUGGACUCGUAAUUUUAAAAGACUCCUCCUCGUUAUUUGUUUUUUUUUUUUGUUCUUUAUCUUCUCUUAUUUUAUCUUUUUAUCGACGCGAUUAAUUAUUUCUCUCAUUUUCUUUCUUUCUUUCUUUCUUUUUCUCUUUCUAUCUCCAUUGAAAAAGAUAAAAAAAAAUUCAAGUCAACAUUUUCAAUCCUUUAUCGACGCGUCGAACGAAAAAUAUUUUUGUUCUCUUUUCAUACACAAUAUAUAUAGCUUUCUUUUUUUAUAUUUUUUGUUGUUGUUCUUUUUUUUUUGAAAGUUUAUUAUACUGAAUCCUUUUAUAAGCACGGUUUAUUCGUUCUCGUGUUUAAACUAAACAGUAGCGAUAAAAAAUGUCUGCUAUAAUGAGACUGUUGUAUGAAUUUAUUUUAAGUUUUACCUAUAUGGGAAAUGUGUUAUAAAAAUAUCGUGUUAUAAGAGGAUUGAGGGAUAUUUUUCUUUCACCAUCCGCGUAUAUUCGUUAUAUAUCAUUCGAUAUUUUUAUUUUUCAAUACUUGUCGACCGAUCCAAUUAUAUUUGAUAGGAUGGUUAUAUUUAAAUAUUGAAAAUUAGUAGAUUAGUAGAUUAGUUUAUCUUAAUCGUGAUAAAUGUCUAUUGAAAAAAGAAAAAAUAAGAAAAAAGGAAAAAAAAAAAGGAAGAAAGAAAAAAUAAUUACACAAAUGCGUAACACACUCGCUUUCAUCUUCUAGUCAUCGAUGACUGAGCUUAGAAAAUAAUUCUAAUUAAUAAUUUCGUGAUCUCCUUUUUAAAUCUUACGUUAGUUUAUAUUUAUUUACAUAUUAUUAUAUUAAUAUUCAAAGUUCCUUUUCAUUUUGUCAACCACAUUGCUCUCUCUCUCUCUUUCUCUUUUUUAUUUUAUUUUAUUUCUCCAACAAAUCAUAUCAAAAUUAUCAUUUUUAUUUAGUAUUAUUACUCUCUGAGAUAUGAACUUAUAAGACUACAAAAAAAGAUAUCCUUAAAAAAAAAGGGGACGGGAAUCAAACUUUGUCCUCAUAAUCCGCCAUAUUUGUUUCCAGUGACUUGCUUGCAAUCAUAAAUCGAUAUCAUAUCGUUUACUAUCAAAAUCGUCUCGUUCGAAUUAUAAAAUUAAAUAAAAAAGAAAGAAAAAAAGAUCGAUAACAGAUUUUUCGAUCGAAAAAAUCGAAUGAUAACAAAAAAAAUCAACAUUCUACCUUUUCGUAAAAAUGGCGUUCACGUAUUUCACACUCGUAUACACAUAUUACAUACACCACUCAUACAAAAGCCCAUACACAAAACCAAUACAAUAUACUAAGAAGAAAUAAAUGAAAUAGAAAAAAAAAAACAGUUUAAAAAAAAAUAAAGAGAAAGAAAAAAGUUAAUAAAUAUAAUUAA